AGGCAGCGAGGUUUGAAUAGGGGAAGUUGACAGAGCGCAGUGCGUUGCCUCGAGUUCAGUGUUUGCAAAUAAAGUGAUCUCAACAGCUGAAAGACGCGGACUCUGAGCGAGCAAAGCGACGGCAGCACUGCUUUGCUGUUGCAUGUGAGGACGCUUUCUUGUCACAUCUGAUCUUGAUCCGAGAAGAUAUUUUAGUCGUUUUAUUUCCUAACAUAUUGGAUUGCAAUGGAUGUUCUACCAAUGUGCAGCAUUUUUCAGGAACUUCAGAUCGUUCAUGACACUGGCUAUUUCUCUGCAUUGCCAUCGCUUGAAGAAUACUGGCAACAGACAUGUUUGGAGCUGGAGAGAUACUUGCAGAGCGAGCCAUACGUCUCUGCGUCUGACCUCAAGUUUGAGGCCCAGGAGGAUCUGUGGAGCAAGCUAAUCUUGGCUUGUGGAGAUAAGGGAGAUGGGAAUGGCAACCUUCCGAACAUCAAGGAGGACGACAAUCAGGACUGUCAGAUAUUAGAAACCAACUCCGAUGCCAGCAGUGAGGCGUCCGACAGCUCAGAGGAGCUCUCGCCCACUCACAUCUUCACCUCAAACCCUCUGGGCUCGGUACUGACCGAGUCAGCACAUCACUUGAGUUCCUCCAUCAUCAGCACACCGCCGUCUUCCCCAGAGACCCUUCAGGAGCCCGGCAUCCCGCAGGUGUGGGGCUCCACACAGAUGGAUUUGCACGUGCCGGCGAAGAUCCGGCCGAACGGGCUGGGGAAGGCCUCGGAUAAGACUUCUGCAGGAGGGGAUUCCUCUCCGGACGGCAGGAGGAGAGUACACAGGUGUCAUUUCAAUGGCUGCCGAAAGGUUUACACAAAGAGUUCUCACUUAAAAGCACAUCAGCGGACUCACACGGGUGAGAAGCCGUACAGGUGUUCAUGGGAAGGUUGCGAGUGGCGCUUUGCAAGAAGCGACGAGCUCACCCGACACUUCAGAAAGCACACUGGUGCAAAGCCAUUUAAAUGCAGUCACUGUGACAGGUGUUUCUCCAGGUCAGACCACCUGGCCCUGCACAUGAAGAGGCACCUUUGAGCGGGCCGUAGCUUCACGCUGGGGAUCUGUUGUGUCCUGACCAGCUUUCUGGUUGACUUGGCCCUGCAAGACGUGGGGGGAGUGUGUUCCAGCCAAAGCAUGCCAUUUUGCACCAUAUCCUGUGUCUCCGUGAGCCCCGGGAAAAAGGUGGACUGACUGGUUGUUGAAACUGCAAAGGAAGGGACAAAAUCGUGAAUGAAGAAUCAAAGAGGAUGAUAGCUACAAAAAAAAAAAAAAAAACAUUUACAAAAAUAAGAAAAAGUUUCACAAAAAAAAAACAGAAUGUAUGGUGUUUUGUAUGGUGCAUGAUUUGGGACAACUCCUGGACUGUACACUGGUACUUUUAAAACAAAAUCCUGUUUGACGUGAGCAGAUGAAUGGCCCGUAUGCAAGGAAGGGGUGGGAGGGGGGUACCAGUGUAUCGCUGUUGGGCUGAAUGGUGUCUGGGAACAAGUUCUGUUUUUGUUUCCACGUGGUGUGCGAGAUCAGCUGAGACUGAGUGAAGCCGCGAGACUGAGAAUUCCUGCCAGAUGCGCUUGGGCUAUGUGUCGCAAGUUUGCGGGGGGCGUCACAGGAAUUGUUUUGCCCCCUGUCCCAUCUGAAGAGGGAGGGCUGAGGUGGUACCUCAGUCCUGAAUGGAAGUAGCUUUUUUUUUUUUUUUUUUAUGUUUCGGUGCAGCUACUAAAUGUGCAAUGUGUUGAGUAGCUUGUCCUUUGACAGGCUGCAAGAAGCUCAUUUGUAGUCCGUUGUAUAAGCUGUGUGCUUAGAGAUGUAACACAAUUAUAACUUCACUAUCAUAAACAGGUGUUGCAUGGUAUUGGGGUUUGUACUUUUUUUUUGUUGUUUUUUGUAAUUGGACUGCAAAUAGAUUCCAAUAAAGCGCAGCUAAAUUCAAUUGGUUAAAUGUUACAAAAUUGUACAUAAAUGCAUUGAUCAUUCUACACCACUUUUCUCUCUGGUGAUGGGGGGGCUUGAACCUUUCGGUCAGCGAUCAUUUCAUACAAGACUUGUUUUCUUUACUCCUUUCAUCUUGACGACUUAAUUCUCUCAUUCUAUCUCCAUUUUACCUGUUGUUAAUGCACUGUUUGCCUUAAUGGUGCCUUAUGCAAGUGACCUUGUCCUGUGGCAUGGAUUUGCUCCUUGGGAGGUGGGGUCACAAAAUGUCUUGUAUAAGUGAUUGAAAAAGCUUUAUUAAGGCUCUGUUUCACCUGAAAAUGCACCUUUCCCAUUUCCGAGGCCACUGUACCAAGCCCUUGUAAAUACUCUAUGUUCUCAAGCAUGCGGUUUCAUUUCUUGCCACUGUUUAGAUAGGUUUACCCUAAUUUUCUAUAUGUUGCGAAAUUGUAAAUUGUGCAAUGUAGAGCACUUAAGUUACCUACUUGGUAUCUACUGAAUGACUUUUUAAAUGUAUUGCUUUAGAUGUGCCAUUUCUAUCUUCGGGGGUGUAUGCAAAACAAAACGCUCUCAAAAUGGGAGAAACAGUCUCUGUUGUGUAACACAAGGCUUGAAAGCUUGUGGAAUGCCAAACCUCCCCCCAGUCCCCUGGAACCAAGAAUAAAGCAAAAACGCCUAAAGAUUUAUUGUAAUUAACAAGCUCCAGUCAGACAGGCCUUGCCUUGUACUGCCUGGCUGUAAUGAAUUGCUGAAGGCUCUGCCUGCUACAGACUGCUGACUCGGGCAGUUCGAUACUGUCUGGAUGCCGUUGUUUUAGUCCAGCAACAGUAUUGUGGAUACAGUGCACAGCAAUCCCGAAAGCUAAAGAUAUAUGCGCCCCCCCCCUCCCAAUUUAGAUACACGUGGAGUUGAAAGCCCACUCGUGCAUGUUACUUUUGAGAUUUGACAAGUAAACCGUAAUGCUCUUAUCAGGGACCAAAUGAAUUUUGAACUUCAUGUAUAUAGUUCGUAAUAAGCCAAAAUGAUUUGGGUAUAAUGUUUUUUUUUUUUUU